CUUCAAAUCUCAAUGCGUCGCGGACUAUGCCGUAGCGCGGACGAGUGCUACGCCGCCCGCCCUAGCACUGCUACGAAUUAAAUACUUCUGAGUAUAUUUGAGUGUAACUGUGGAAAGCCACUUUUCAAGAUGUGCGAAAGCCGGUCUCGGGUACAACAGAACGAUCUGUUGCUUCAUGAAGCCGUCAUCAAGAAUGAGCCAGCUGCUGUUAGAGAGGCAUUGCAGAGACCCGCAGAUGUCAACUGUAGGAAUAAUUAUGGGCGGGCCCCGAUACACUGGGCAGCGAGUAGAGGCAAUGUGGAGAUAAUCAAAUUACUGAUCAACGCCAACUGCGAUAUUGAGGCUGUUGACAAGUUUGGCAUGCGACCAUUGUUAAUGGCAGCGUGGCAUGGACACCUGGAUGCUGUGCAAGUUCUAGUUCAAGCUGGGGCUUGUCUGGCAGCUACCAAUAAGAAACAGAAUGAUCUUCUACAAUGCGCGUGCGCUCGUGGUUCAUACGACGUUGCCAUGUUCGCGAUUUCUAUCGGCGCAAGAGUGCAAACCACCGAUACAACGGGUGACGCGUCCCUUGCGCUUGCUUCUCGAGCCGGUUACACCAACGUGGUGGAGCUGUUGUUGGAUAAAGGAGCUUAUAUUGAUGCAAUUAAUAAGGCUGGUCGCACAGCACUUCACCUCGCGUGUGAGGGAGGUCACAGCAGCACUGCAGCUCUCCUGAUAGCAAAAGGAGCCUCGCGCGAGGCUCGCGAUAACUCCAGCAGAACUCCAUUGCAUAUUGCAGCAGUCCAUCGUCAUACUGAACUGGUACAGACCCUAUUGGAAAGCCAGUGUAACGUAGAUGCUGUUGAUAACAAUGGUGUGACGGCGCUGCAAAUGGCGUGUGCGCAGGGAUGUCGAGGCAUUGUAGAACACCUCCUUGAAUUUGGAGCAGAUGUGCAUUUACAGAAUAAUGUGGGAUCAUCAGCGCUGCAUGCUGCGUGCGCGGCUGAUGCGACAGACAUUGUUGAGUUGUUGCUGGCUCGUGGGGCAGACCCGGCCCUCACUGACCAGUGGUCUCAAUCACCACUAAGCGUUGCAGGCGGCGCUGCCGAGUCACCACCUGAAGGCUUUCGGCGCGCGGCUAGAGGUUCUUUCUCCGCAAUAUUAGGCCUACUGACUGCUACAGCCAAUCUUGAUCAUCAUCAGGAACAAUCGGACGGAUCAUCAAGCCCCCGAAUUGAAGAGAAGUCUGGAGGUCACUCACCGGCGCCGAUCGAGGCUACAGAGGGCGACAGUGAGAGGUGAUGGUCAGCCACGACACUGCUGGAUAGACUGGCACAGCGUGGUUUUGCAGCAGAUACUAGACUUGCGUUACCUCCAACAGGUUGCGCUCGCUACAGAGAGUUAUGCUAUCGAGCUGCCCAGGCGCAUUUGUCGUACGAAAGUCCCCCAGGUCCAUGUCAAUGUACCAAUUGCGUUAAGCGACAUUCGAACUCGACGUGAAUAGGUUAAUAUUCAAUUAGCAAUUAUGCAUCUACUUGUCCAAUUAAUAUACAAUUUUUAAGUUAUGGCUUUUUUUAAUAAAUAAGUGGCUUGAAAACUGAGAAAGAAAACAUAAGCAAAGCUUAUUUCUUUUACACAUUUGUGUCCUAAAUAUUUUUGAUUUGAGACUAUGUAACUAAAUUAUACAUUUUUUGAAGUUAGUUUUUAGGCACCUAUCUAUUUAAAACCCUUGCUUUUCUACUGCAAUUAAAUGCUUCAAUUACGCUAAAAGAGACUUUUUAUCCCAGUGCCUUAUCCUAUCAAGCCAAUUAUAAUUUUAGUCAAAAUUUUCUCCUUGGGCACAAUAAAAAUGAUGAGACCAUUCAAUAAAUGCUUUUGAUCUUAUAAAUUCUAGUCUGUCCAUUUAUAACGAUUUGAUAAUAAUUACUCCUUAAUUAAGAAAUAAUUCGCGCUGAUGACUUGAUACAUUUUAUUAAGUCGUGAAUCUACAAAGUAAUUUUUGUAUAGCUAAUUACGAAACACAGUAAUGUAAAUCUAAGCCAGAUAUUACUUAUAUUAAUUUGUUAAUAUAGCAAAUAAGACAACUAUAUUAUUUAUACAAAGAAUUGUUAGACUACGUAUCUUGUGCUAUUUAAAAUGUACCGCUUAAUUUAAGGGCCUAAUAUUAUAAAAUCAUUAUGAUAUACGUCUUAACUAUUUCGAUUUGAAAAUAUUAUGUACAGUACAUUAGUCAUAGUAAAAAAAAUAUUUAAUUACAUCGAUUGUACGUUUCUAAAAUUAGAACUUACCUGAAUGUAUUUAUUAUAUUAGAUUCUAUAAAUAUAUUGUGAUUUAAACUUUAUCUCAAAAAUAAAUAUCUUUUAAAAAAUAUUCAACUACGCGACGAGGUUCGCUUCAUCAGAGGAAUGGAUUCAGUCUUGAUUGUAAAGUUAAAGAAAACUUAUAGAUAGAAGUUAUUUUAUUUGAAAUAAACAAAAUACAUAGUCAUUGAACAGUAGUAUCUUUUGCGAAGGUAUUUUUUUAAAUACAUGGACAUUUAUUUUCUGAAUUGUGAAAAGCGCAUCAAAUCAAAAUUGUCAAGAUGAAAAAUUCGAUGUCUUUUGUCUAGUUCAAAGGAUAAGUUUAUAAAUGCAGUAAUUCUAAUUGGACGCGAUAUCGUAAUAACUUAGGAGUAAUUUUAUGUAAACCGUCUGGUUAAAUCGAAAAUAACACUGAUGUUAUCUUGACUUUUGUAACUGAUAUAAUUAAAAUGCUUUUAAUCAAAUAUAUCAUAUAAAAAUA